AGCUUUAAUCAUUCAUUUGAGAGAGAUUAUUAAGUAAGAUAUAUAAUAAAACAAGAGAGAUGAAUAUUUAUAUUACUAAGGAAGAGAUAGAUGGAAAAACACCCAUUCCUUACAAAGAUAUUGGUCACAAGUCUCUACUUCAGAGUGAUGCACUUUAUAAUUAUAUACUUGAAACUAGUGUGUUUCCAAGAGAGCAUCCAUGUUUGAAGGAGCUCCGUGACAUAACAGAUAAACAUCCAUUGAACCUUAUGGCUACAUCAGCUGAUGAAGGACAAUUAUUAAGCAUGUUGAUUAAGCUAAUCAAUGCAAAGAACACAUUAGAAAUUGGUGUGUACACUGGUUACUCUUUGCUCUGCACUGCUCUUGCUCUUCCCUCUGAUGGAAAGGUGUUGGCUUUGGACAUUAGUCGUGAAUACUAUCAGUUGGGAUUGCCUAUGAUUGAAAAAGCUGGAGUGGCUCACAAGAUAGACUUUAGAGAAGGACUUGCUCUCCCUCUUCUUGACGAACUUCUUCAAGAUGAAAAUAAUAAGGGGACAUUUGAUUUUGUUUUUGUGGAUGCGGAUAAGAAUAACUACUUAAAUUAUCAUAAGAAGGUGAUUGAACUUGUGAAAGUUGGGGGAUUAAUCGGAUACGAUAAUACUUUAUGGACUGGAUCAGUUGCGCUUCCAGAUGAUGCACCUAUGUUGGAGUUCAUUAGGAAUUAUCGUGGUUAUGUGAUUGAGGUCAACAAGUAUCUUGCUCAAGAUUCAAGGAUCGAGAUUUGCCAACUUGCAGUAGGUGAUGGAAUUACCUUGUGUCGUCGCAUUGGUUAAUACCUCUGUGAUAAUUUGUGUGCUUGAAGAAUUUGAGUUUUUAUUAUAAGUAUUUAAAUCUUCAAUAAGGUUAUGGCCGCGUGACGUGUAUGUUUGAAAUAAAUUUUAUUAGAUAAUAUAUAUAUAUAUAUAUAUAUAUAUAUAUAUAUAUAUAUAUAUAUAUAUAUAUAUAUAUAUAUGUUUAAGAGUGACUGCUAUGUUUUAAGUCAUAUAUACUUAAAAUAGUUGUAAACUGAUCAUUUGUCACCGUUAUCA